AUGCUCCGCAUCUACGGCGACUUCCGCAUCACCUACCCCGUGAAGCUGUCGCGCGCGGAGCGCGACGCGGGCCUCGAGGUGCCUCCCGAGGUCUACGAGGGCCAGAUCGUCGACGGCAAGCGCCACGGCGUCGGCGAGUACGACUACGCCGACGGGUCCCACUACGGCGGCGAGUGGUUCAUGGACCAGCGCCAGGGCUACGGGCGCCUCGGCGCGCCGGACGGGUCCACGUACGACGGCGAGUGGGACCGCGGCCGCAUCCACGGCUACGGCACCUGGAAGUGGGCCGACGGGUCGUCCUACACGGGCGAGACCUUCGAGGGCAUCCGCACGGGCAAGGGCUGCUACAUCUCCUCGAAGCACGACGUCUACAUCGGCGACUUCAAGGACGGCCAGCUCGAGGGCAGCGGCGUCUUCGCGUACCACGACGGCAGCCGCUUCGAGGGCCACUUCAAGCGGAACCAGCGCCACGGUCUCGGCGUCUUCACGGACGUCUUCGGCGUCAAGUUCAUCGGCGACUACAUCGAGAACCAGCGCCACGGCGAGUUCGUGGUUCGGCGGCCCGUCAAGGUCGAGGACGACGGCAUGUACCAGCAGUCC